CCGAAAAAUAUAAUACUUGCCUAGCACUUUCUAAACUAUAUGAACAAUAUAAAGGCGAAACUAAAGAAAUAAGUUCAAAAAUGAGAGAAAAAGAACUAAAGGAAAUAAAACAAGAACUGUUUUUGGAAUUUUACAAGAGAAAUAAUUAUAAAGAAGAUUCAGAAAAAGAGUUUGACCAAUUAUUAAGACAACUAUUAACUCCAAAGGUAAAAAUUCAUUCUGAAGCUUCUUAUCACAGCAAACUUUUACCUACUAAGGAAAUUACUCAACUGUUACAAAAUUCUCAGUUAAUUCCCCAACAAAAUAAAAGUUUAGAAUUAAUCAACCGCUUUUUAGAAAAAUCCAAAGAACUAACUAAAGAACUAGAAGCAAUAAUUGCGGCUAACCCAAGCAUAAAAACUCGGGUGCAAGAACUUACCAAUUUAAUCAAACAAAAAAAAGAAAAAAUAGUUGGUAUUUUUAGACGACUUUUACCAGAUAAGGAAAAAGAAAUAGAGUUAAUACAAAGCUUAAUUGUUGCUCAUUUAGAAUACACUAAAGCCAAAAACCAAAGUUUGCCGUCGAAGCAUUAUUGGGAAGAUAGUCUCGAAGAAGAAAUUGAAGCUUCUCUUGCGGAUUGCGAGAAAUUAGUAGCUUGGGAGCUAGAAUUAGAAGAAAAACUUAAUGCUAAGCAAUUGCUCUUAGAAAACCAAAAACAAAUGAUUCAUCGAAUAAACAGCACUGCUCCUGUGCAAACUACUUCACUAAUACAAUUUAGAGAUAGUGCUUCUAGUAUGUAUAAUUCUCAACAAUUUAUUGCUAAUCAAACUCAACUAAUUACUAAACAACUUGUUAAUAUUAUAGAAGAACUAACCGAAGAAAGUGAUAAAGUUUUUUCCACAACUGAAAAACCUAUUUUUGAAGAAAAAGAUAAAAUUGGCGAAGGUGGUUAUAGCAAAGUUUAUCGAGGUAAACAUAAAGAACGAGACGUAGCAGUUAAAAAGUUACUUUUGGAUGAUGAAACCAAAAGAAAAGAAAUCAAGAACGAGAUUAACACUCUUAAAAAACUAAAAGACCGCAACAUCAUCCAAUACUACGGAGUUUAUUAUGACAAUAAAGAGAUUUUAAUCAUUAUGGAGCAUGCCAAGAAUGGCACCUUGGCUGACUUUAUUAAAAAUAUUAAGGAACAGAAUUGGAAGCUUAAUACUAAUAUAAUUAGACAAAUAGCUUCCGGACUAGCUUACAUUCAUCAUAAAGGCAUUAUCCACCGAGAUUUAAAAAGUUUAAAUGUGUUAAUGACAGCUGGUAAUCAAACUAAAAUAGCGGACUUUGGAUUAUCUAUUAAAGACAUUAGUGCUUUAAAAUCUAACAGCACAGGAGGCAAAGUUGCUACUAAAUGCACUACGCCUUUUAAAGACAUUAAAAGAAUCGAUGAUUUACAAUUUCAUAUUAUCGGUGGAGGAAAAGAAACCAUUCCUGAUGAUGCUCCUCAAAGCAUUCAAAAUAUAAUUCAGCAGUGCUGA